GGAGAAUAAAGUUUCUGGUUUUUUUUUUUGUUCGAGGGAGAUAAUUGGUGUAGAGACGAAGCAAGAAGGAGGAAGAGGAAGAAGAAAGAAACGAUUGGGGUUUUCUCUCAGAAGCUACACCCACCAACUCUUUCAGGAUUCUAGUUAGAGAAAAUUUGAAUCUUUGAUUCCGACAUGUCGACCUCCGCCGCUUCCUUGUGUUGUUCAUCAGCUCAGGUCAAUGGGUUUGGUCUUAGGCCUGAAAGGUCGCUUCUUUACCAACCCACUUCGUUUUUUUUCUCCAGAAGGAGAAGUCAUGGAAUUGUCAAGGCCUCAGCUCGGGUUGAUAAGUUUUCCAAAAGUGAUAUCAUUGUUUCUCCCUCUAUUCUCUCGGCUAAUUUCGCCAAAUUAGGCGAGCAGGUUAAAGCAGUGGAGUUGGCAGGUUGUGAUUGGAUUCAUGUUGAUGUGAUGGAUGGUCGUUUUGUUCCCAACAUUACUAUCGGACCUCUCGUGGUUGAUGCUUUGCGCCCUGUUACAGAUCUUCCAUUGGAUGUUCAUCUUAUGAUAGUGGAACCCGAGCAGAGAGUACCAGAUUUCAUCAAAGCAGGUGCAGAUAUAGUCAGUGUACAUUGCGAACAGCAAUCGACCAUCCAUUUGCAUCGCACCGUCAAUCAAAUAAAAAGCUUAGGGGCUAAAGCUGGAGUUGUCUUAAACCCUGGAACCCCAUUGAGUGCAAUAGAAUAUGUCUUGGAUGUGGUGGAUUUGGUCUUGAUCAUGUCGGUCAACCCCGGUUUUGGUGGACAGAGCUUUAUCGAAAGCCAAGUAAAGAAAAUCUCGGACUUGAGAAAAAUGUGUGCAGAGAAGGGAGUAAACCCAUGGAUUGAAGUUGAUGGUGGUGUCACUCCAGCGAAUGCGUACAAGGUUAUUGAGGCUGGAGCAAAUGCUCUAGUGGCUGGAUCAGCUGUAUUUGGAGCUAAGGACUACGCAGAAGCUAUAAAAGGAAUUAAGGCCAGCAAGAGGCCAGAAGCUGUAGCUGUGUAAUGUGAAGAAACAACAAGCCAAAAAGAGUCUGUUAAACUUAGGAACAGUUAAAAAGUCAAAGACGAUCACCAGAAGUCCAAGAUGCUGUCAUUGUCUCCAUUCGCCAUAAGAAUCAAUCUAUAUAUCUACAAAGUAGGCUCCUCUAUAUUAUUCUGUACCAUUGUCUUGUAAAUUGAGGAUAUGCAGAUUCCAUACAUUUUGCAAUGAAACACUGUAAUAAGAAAUAUGCUGUUACAUGUGUUUUUGACUUCAAAUAAAGCAUUUCAUUUGUCUU